GAAUAAGCUUGCAUGAGAGAUCCUAAGUGCAAACAAUAUUUCUCUUGGCCAUAAGUCAUUGUUAUUGUUGAAAUUAUGUGGAAGGGGCAUGUACAAUUACAACCUUUCUGUCCGCUCAUUGUUAGUAAUUCGUACCAAUUCAGCCGUUUCAGAAAUCGUGGUGAAAAUGUCGUCUGGCAGUCCGUCAAAGAAACUGAAAACAACACAUGAAUCAGUAAACAAGUCAGAAUUGAAAAAGUCAACGUCGGAUGAACGGACAGAAUUUAUAGAAAAGAUUCGCAACGACAGAGUGAAGGCAGCUCCAUCAAUAAAUGAAUUUAAAUUCAACAAGAAGCGAGUACAAAUAUUAUCAAAAGCAAGUGAAGUGCCAGAAUGGGCAGAGGGUGUUGUGUAUUGGAUGUCAAGAGACCAGCGAGUUCAAGAUAACUGGGCCUUGCUCUAUGCACAGAAGUUGGCUUUAAAAACUUCACUCUCACUUCAUGUUUGUUUCUGUUUGGUUCCCAAAUUUCUUGAUACUACAUAUCGACAUUACAGUUUCCUCUUGAAAGGAUUGCAAGAGGUUGAAGCAGAAUGUAAGAAACUGGCUGUUGAAUUUCAUUUACUCCUUGGUGAACCGGUCAGCACCUUGCCACAGUUUUUGACACAACAUAAAUUAGGAGCUGUUGUCACUGAUUUCUCACCAUUGAGGGAGCCUCGUAAAUGGGUGGAUGAUGUAAAGAAAUGUCUCCCAAAAGAUGUACCGUUAUGUCAGGUGGAUGCUCACAAUAUUGUCCCAUGCUGGAUUGCCUCAGAUAAAUUGGAAUAUGCUGCCAGGACAAUACGAAAUAAAAUUAAUAGCAAACUGCAGGAGUACUUAACACAAUAUCCACCUGUUGUGCCACAUCCUCAUUCACCUAAGAAGCAUGCUAUUGAAGCUAACUGGGUAGCAGCUGAAAAAUUCAUAGAAGCUGAUCGAAGUGUUCAGCCUGUGACUUGGGCAACUGCAGGCACUGAGGCGGGUCUUUUAAUGUUGCAUAAAUUUUGCACGAAGGGCCUAAAAAAUUAUGGUUCCAAGCGGAAUGAUCCGACAAUUGAUGCACUUAGCAACCUGUCUCCCUGGUUUCAUUUUGGCCAUAUCUCUGUUCAGAGAGCUAUUCUUGAAGUGAAGGCAUACAGAUCCAAAUACACAGAGUCAGUAGAUGCCUUCUGUGAGGAAGCAAUUAUUCGUCGAGAACUGUCAGAUAAUUUUUGUUUUUACAAUGACAAGUACGACAGUAUUAAGGGAACAAAUGCGUGGGCAUUGAAGACCCUUAAUGAUCACAGAAAGGACAAGAGGUCAUAUAUCUACACUUGUGAAGAAUUGGAGAAGUCUUUAACACAUGAUGAUUUAUGGAAUUCUGCCCAAAUUCAGUUAGUGAAGGAUGGAAAAAUACAUGGCUUCAUGCGUAUGUAUUGGGCAAAGAAGAUAUUAGAAUGGACACCAUCACCAGAAGAAGCUUUAAGAAUUGCAAUUUAUUUAAAUGAUAGAUAUUCAUUGGAUGGAGGAGAUCCUAAUGGAUUUGUUGGGUGCAUGUGGUCUGUGUGUGGAAUACAUGAUCAAGGAUGGCUAGAGAGACCAGUUUUUGGAAAAAUACGGUACAUGAAUUAUGAAGGUUGCAAGCGAAAGUUUAAUAUUGCUGCAUAUGUAAGUCGUUUUGGAGGAAAAAGUCAUAAAUAUAUAAAGAAAGCUUAGGUAUUAUCCUAUCAAAAAUAAGUGCCUUGGUAUGUAUUUUGUUUCAUGGAAUAACUUUCUCUUUAUAGUUGAGCACAUAUCAAUUUUGUAUUGUUUCUCAUACUAACUAUAGGUACAAUAUAGGGUUCAAAACUUUUACAGUCACUUUCCAGAAAUGACAUUUAAUUUUUUAAGUUGUGUUCCAGAAACUGCAGAUACUCAGGGAAGCCAUUGUAGUAGUUUUCAAAAAAAGAUCUGCACCCUAAUUUGUAGUUGGUUAGUCUUUCUGUGUCCAAAGAAAAUGUGAAUUUGAAACCUCAAAAAGUAAUAGAGGUACCUCAGAAUUUUAUAUUCCUUCUGACUGUAGUUAGUUGUUCCACUGAUUUUGUGUUUGCAUGCACUGCCUGGUAAGACUUCAUCUUCAGUAUUAAUUAAGAGAUUAAAAAUGUUUUAGCUCAUUUCCUCAAUCUGUACUGAAGAAUUGAAUGCCAGUCUAUAAGCUAUGAUUGUAGCAUGCUGUUUUUCUAAAGUUGUAUGAUAUGAAAUUGGAAGAUGUUCAUGAAUUUUUCAUGUUCGCCAAGUGAGCUAAAAUAUUUCUUUCUUUCUUUUCUUUUCUUUUCUUUUCUUUUUUUU